GCUAGCGGGAGUAGCGCGCCCGCGGGGGACGGAGCGUUCAUUCAUAAAGAGCGGCCGCCCAGCCUCAAUGGGGCGCCCCCGUGGGAACGGCGUCGGUGUCACCCCCGCGUCACCCCCGCGGUGGGGACAGUGACGCUCCGGGGCUGGGCAGUGCUGUGCAGGGGAGGAUGCCGAUCAUUUUGCUCCGGAGCAGGAAAUAUCCAUGCUGAAGGUGGCCCCGGUGGCUGCAGAGCUUGGGGAUGUGCUGGUGGCUCCUCGCUGUCCUGGGGGUGUUGAGCAGCCCCUGCAUGGGGGCCACAGCCUGCGAGCUGCUGCGAUGCCCACCUGGAGAGGAACCCAUUGGGACGUGCAGCACAGCACAGAGCUGCCGCCCCUGUCCCCCUGGCUCUUCCUCUGCAGGGGAUGCACCGUGCGCCUGCUUGCACGGGUUUUACAGCCCUGAUGGCCAUAGGGAGCCCCAGGGCCGGUGCCUGCCCUGCUCUGCUGCGCCCCACGGCACCCCGGGGUGCACAGGCCAACGGCGAGCCAGGAGCGUGGUGACACCUCGGGGACCAUCGGGGACCAAUGGGACAUGGGAGCUUCAACCGGAGGAGGCGGCGGCGGCGCAGUCGGCCGUGUUGGCCAUCGUCCCCGUGUUCUGUGCCAUGGGGUUGCUGGGCAUCCUGGUGUGCAACCUGCUGAAGAAGAAGGGCUACCACUGCACCGCACACAAGGAACACGAGCACAACACCAGCGGUCCCAGCUCCAUCUACCAGAUUGAGGAUGCCAAUGAGGACACCAUCGGGGUCCUGGUGCGCCUCAUCACAGAGAAGAAAGAAAAUGCUGCAGCGCUGGAGGAGCUGCUGAAGGAACAUCAGAGCAUGCAGCCAGCACCAGCGGGUUGCAAACCUGCCUACAAGCUGCACCUCCUGCCUCAGUUUCCCCCCUCCUGCUGCCACCAGCAGCACCUGCACACAGUGCACGGCCCGGCUCCCCCUUCAGACCCCCCCUGCACCCGAUGCAGCCAGAGGAAGUGGCCCCAAGUGCUGCCAUCCCCCACAGCCACCAAAGCCACCAGACCCACCGGUGAGAUCACCAUUCUCUCCAUAGGAAGAUUUCGGGUGUCCCGGAUCCCCGAGCAGAAGCCUGGUGUUGGAGGUGAUCCUCUCCCCACCAGCACGAGGCCGUCGUGGCUGAAAAGCACUGACAGCCGCCCUGAGGGCAGCCCCUCCGCAGCCCGGUUUGGGGACAGCACUCUUGCCAUGUGACACCAGCAGAAGCCAGCCCUGAUGCAGGGUGAGGGGCUCAGACACUGCACCACGCGACCCCCGGGCACCACGUGAGGCGAUGGCAGCCGAAAUGUCCCUGGGACAAGGAAGGGCUGUCCCCCUGAUCGAUGUCCCCACUAUGGUGGCACCAGGAUGACCAGGGCUCUGCACGUUGGGCCCUUCAUGGCGGUCAGGCGAUGGAUUCUUAAUGUUUUUUGAUUUUUUUUUAAUCAUUUGGGGUUAAUUUCUGGAAAUGAAGUCACUAACGCAUGGGACACGGGGAGCGGUGACCCCUCCCUGUCCCCAGCAUCACUGCUGGCAGCAGCUUGGCACCAGCUCCCUCACCCCCCCCCCCCCCCCCCUCCCCUGGCGCUCCAUUGCCCCUUCCCCAUAUUUAUUACCCCUCCUGGAUUUUCCCAGCCCUUUGACGCUGUUUCUGUUGUAUUUUCUUAAUUUUUUUUAAUUGUUAUUAUUUGAAGCCUCCUGGCUCUGUUGCUGGAGAGGUUGUCGUUAAUAA